AUGUUUGUAUAUGAUAUAUCAGAGAAAACUCUAAAAUCUUACAAGACCGGUGAUUAUUUUAUUUAUAGUUUUGUACUGGCUAAUGCACGUAUAGUCGACUAUCCAAUUGUAUAUUGUAAUGAAGGUUUCUCUCGAUUAACUGGUUAUAGUCGAGUGGAAAUUAUGCAAAAAAGUGGCAGUUGUGCAUUUUUCUACGGUGAACAAACUACCAAAGAAAUGCGUGAACGUUUAUUAAAAGCACUGGACACACAAACACCAGAUCAGAUUGAAAUGUUAUUUUAUAAGAAAAAUCGUGUAUCAUUUUGGUUACUUGUAUGUGUUGCACCAGUACGUAAUGAAUGCGAAGAGGUUGUGUUAUUUUUAUUAGCUUUCAAAGAUAUCACAGCAUUGAAAACACCAUUCGAUGAUGAUGAAACGGUUAAAGGUUUAAGUAAAUUCGCUCGUUUAGCACGUUCAGUGACAAGAAAUCGUUCAGUGUUACAACAAUUAUCUGCAUCACAAACAUCAACACAAAGUUCUGGAUUAAAUUUAUAUCGUAUUAAUCGAUUGACAACAUGUGGAGGUGGCGGUGCGGCUAGUACUGGAGGCGGCGGUGUUGGCGGUGCGGAUACUACCAACAACGCCACUGGUGUAAUCAAUGAUGACGUCGAUGUGUCAAAUCAAAUAGAACAAUAUAAUUCACCGACAUUAUCAAAUUUUCAAAAUUUAAACACAAGUACAAGUUCACGAUUUCAUGAUUCAUCAAAAUCCGAUCCAGAAAAAGCUGUUUUGUCAACAUCAUCAUGGCUUGAUUUAGUGCCACAAUAUAAACAAGAAGCCCCAAAAACUCCACCACAUAUCAUUCUACAUUAUAUUGCAUUUAAAACCACAUGGGAUUGGUUAAUUCUAUUCCUAACCGGAUACACCGCUGUCAUGGUACCAUUUAAUGCUGCAUUUAAAAAUAAAACCAUGGAUGAUGUUAGUUUUUUAAUUAUUGACAGUAUAGUCGAUGUGAUAUUUUUCAUAGAUAUUGUAUUAAAUUUUCAUACAACAUUUGUUGGACCAAAUGGUGAAGUGAUAUCGGACGCAACGAUUAUACGUAUUAAUUAUUUAAAAGGAUGGUUUAUUGUUGAUGUGUUAUCUUGUUUGCCCUAUGAUGUGUUCAAUGCAUUUCAACCAGAAGCGACACAAAGUACAAUCAGUUCAUUAUUUGGUGCAUUAAAAGUUGUACGUUUAUUACGUAUUGGUCGGGUUACACGUAAACUAGAUCAAUAUUUAGAAUAUAUGGCAGCGAGUUUAUUAUUAAUGAUAUCAGGUUUUGUACUUUUGGCACAUUGGUUAGCAUGUGUAUGGUAUAGUGUUGGUCAAAGUGAUUUAAAAAAUGGUAUUUAUUAUGGUUGGAUACCAAGAUUAUUAAAUGAUAUUGAUCAAGGAAAAACUGUACCAACAAAUUGGACUAGUGGUGUAAGUUAUUUGAUUUUAUUCUCAUGA